AAAUGAAUUCUUUUAGCUUCGAACAAAUCGGCGACGACUCGGAGUUUCCUGACUUCCCACCCUACGAGAUGAAUGGCGGCUCAAUUGUGGCCAUCGCUGGAAAGAAGUUUGUCGUGAUUGCCGCAGACAUGUUCCUAAGCAGUGCCUACACAGACCCACCCAAGCUAUUCAAGCUGGCGUCCCGAACAGUGCUGGGCUCCACAGGCAGCUGGGGCGACACGCGCGCUAUCACUCGCCUACUCGACAUGCACAUCCAGAUAUACGAACUCACGCACCUUAGGAGAAUCCCCGCCGACGAGGUAGCCCUGAUGCUUCACAAAAUCAUGUACAAUUGUCGCUUCCUGCCGUAUGGCAUCACCAACGUGGUGGCUGGAAUGGAAAAGAGCGGCAAGGGCGCCAUUUUCUCCUACGAUCCUGUCGGUAACUACAAGCGUGAGAUCUAUUGUGCCCGCGGCGGAGCCGAGCCUUGGUUGCAGGUUGAGCUCGAGUCUAAGAUCGGACUGGCAAAUUUGGACACCUUCAGAACGAAAUUAACUAAAGACGAAGCCGUCAGUGCCGCCCUGGAAUCGUUCAUCGCAGCUUCUAAGACAAUCCACAUUGGCAACUCAAUUGCCAUUAACGUUAUAACCAAGAACGGCGUUGAGGCCAAGCAGGUCGUUCUGCGCAAAUCCUAACAACAAUCCAACUAUCUAAACAUCCUUUCAAAUCUACUAUGUACUAUGAGAAUGUUCAUAUGAACAGCUUACUAAAAUAUUAUGUGAAUAUCCAAUAAAAUGUUUCUUUUACUUCGAAA